AUGGAUUCGUCGUCUGUCACCGAUCCCUCGCCAGGCCCGUCCCCAGAGUCGCCCGUGGCAAAGGUAGCGCCCUCUUCGUUCGUGGCGGACUUCAGAUCCCGCCGUACAGACCAUGGGUCAUCCGAUUCUUCUCCCAAUACCUUCUUCGAACUGCAGAGGCCAACCACCCCCGCGAAGAAGCCGAGGAAUUUGAAAAACUUGGGGAUCAACACUUCGACGUCUUUGAGCAAUCUGAGAGCGAAUCCAACUGGCUCUCUACCUUUACUCGCUACCAAAGAAAAGAAUACGUCUGCUCCUACCUCCCCAUCAUUCAUUAAGCCACCGACGCCUCCGAAGCGACGACCGAGCAACCUGAGCCUGACAAUACAGACACCCGGCAGUGAUAGCAAGCCGAUGAGACUAGUCAUCCCCUCAACACCCGCGGUCAACCGCCCCACUCUCCGUCACUUUCAGUCUUCCCCUUCGCUGCCGCUAUGUUCUCCGAGUGCAGCUGUGAAUGGUGGCAUGAAACUGCCUCCUCUACGUCCCCUCAAGACAAAUCCCCAUGGCUUCGCCGAAGUUCCUUUUGAGCAGGAGGAAGAAGAAGACGACCAAGAACCCAACUUCGACAUCCCUCAAUCUCGUGAGGAGAAGCCCGCGGCGUACCCCAAUGGACCCAUAUGUAUCUACGAAUCCGGAGUGUACCUGUACUUCGAACCGACCGCGGAGCAGGCCACGAAUUUUGAUGUGAUUGUCAAUGUCGCCAGCGAAGUCAAGAACCCUUUCACGAAUACAGUGUCUGAAUCGCAAAAGGAUCUUGAUGCACGACGUGUGGAUGGGCCUCCCGCAGAGAGCGUCAACUUCGCCUCACUUCCAGAAAGACCGACAGUCUCGUCAUUCGAUCCGCAAAACAGCUCCCCGACCACGCCCAAAGCGACUCCGACUUUGCAGAGUGUCCUUCCGGGCGAGCAAAUGGUCAAUGGUACAUUAUCGAAGACUCCGGAGUAUAUCCAUAUGCCAUGGGAGCACAACACCGAUAUCGUCCCGGACCUGUACAAGCUGGUGAAGAUCAUGGAUGACAGAGUGAAGCAGGGGAAGCGGGUUCUGGUCCAUUGCCAGUGUGGUGUGAGCCGUUCGGCAAGCUUGAUCGUUGCCUACGGUCUCUACAAGAAUCCUGGCAUCAGCGUUCAGGAGGCCUAUGAUGCAGUGAAGAAGCGCAGCAAAUGGAUUGGACCAAACAUGAAUCUCAUCAUGCAGCUUCAGGAAUUCCGGAACGGUCUGCUUAGGGCGAACGAGAGCCGCACACACAACCAAGGAUAUGGAUUUCCCAGAAGGUCCGCGGGGCUCUCUACUGGUGUUUCUGCAGGAACAAGCAGGCACUCUCCUUUUGACCGACAAGCGACGUCAGGCCCUCGGACGCCCCGUACUGCUCCUCUGCCUCCUGAGACUGAUAUGAAUAUGCAGCGAGCCAGCACUGGUAACAUGAUUGCCAUAUCUCCAGGGCCGUUGUCUGCUCCUUCUGGGGCCUUCUUUUCACCCGAUUACCGCCGAUCGUGGGCGUCGAGUCAGACGCAUUUCGAUCUUUCCCCCAAAUCGUCGCCCACGGCCACGCCCUAUGUCGACCCGAAGGGCCAUGUCAUACCUAUGCUUUCUAUCACUGACAAUGACCGUUUACCACCUGCGAAGAUGGCUCCGACGAAUGGUGUCCCUCAGCAGAUGGGAGAUUCAAACAAUAACCCAGUCCCGAACUUCUCGCGGCAGCUUCCAUUCCGCACUCUGCCUGGAAAUGCAAUUGGCGAAGUUGCGCCACAAACCGUUUCUCAAAGCGCCAGAGUAGGCUUGUCGGUGCCUGCUCAGCCCCCUGGGUUUGGGGCUCUGCGUUCCCCCGCCGCGGCGACUUUCAAUAUCCCACCUCUUGCUCCUUUCGGCGACCACAGUAGUGACGCUAGAGCGGAUGAGUCGAGCGGGCCUCCGAUGUCUCAAAGAAACACCGAGUUCCACAUGACUUCUCUCAAUUCGGUCCAGACUGAUAGUUCGCUCGGUGUCCUAUCUCCUUGCAAGGCAAGCUUUGACUUGGGACCACAACGACAGUGUGAGCCUGAGGAAUUCCAGGUGGCAUCGCCCAUCCGAACAGACUUCCCACGUGAUCCAUGGGCUCACCGCGCCGAUCCUUCAGAUCGUGACUGGAGGUCACCCAGAGCCGCAGAGUUCCAUAUGACUCCUUUGAAACCAAGCGUUCCAGCAGAUGAAGAUCCGUUCGGUCUGACAUCGCCGACACGCUUCGAGUUUCCGACUAAUCCAUUCGCAUCAGCAGGGCUCUCGCCCCCGUUGACUGUUGAGACUGAAGAUCGUCGCCCUUCUUUUCAGGCGAUCCUGCCUCCUUCGCAUUUACAGCAACCGGAGUCUGUGAACGGGUUUGCAUCACUCAACAGUACCGCACAACCGAAUCCGAGGGUGCCUCUAUCGACCCCAAGCGCGAUGCAGCAAACUCUCGCUCCUUCCGAUGCCGCUAAAUCGAAUGGUGGAGAUGUAGAAUUGGAGACGAAAGCCAUGGGACCUGUAGAGACCGCUGGCCAAGCAGGACCUGAAGCUCCUCCCUCCAAAACUCCCGAGCAGAGUUUACUCUCCACCCCACAGAGGCCUUCCACCCUCCGCACCAGAUUCUCGUCGCCAAACAUGCGCGAGCAGCGCAGGCUUCAGAAAUUACAGACCGAGAUGGAGGCUCUGCUUCCGAACCGCUCCCUCCGUCCCCCACAAGCCUUGGAUGACUUGGAUGCACUCAUGUCGCCGCGUGCGGAGGAAUUCACCCGGAAUCCCUUUCACUUCGAACUGCGGUCUCCUGUCGACGACACUAGCCCGGCCUCUUCGAAUGACACGAUAACAGACAAUAAAAGCCGUGUCAGCUGGAAGGAACCGCUCAACCUCACGCCGCACAAAGUUGCCGAGGAUCCCAGGAGUCCAGUGCAGGCAGGAAGCAGUCCCAUUGUGCGAAAUAUCUGGGACGUUCUCUGA